CCGCCGUGUUAUACCUGCUUCGGCGGUGGCGUGUGGGGUCGGCCGGGCGACAGGUGUCGUCUGCGGCUAGGGGAAAGUCAUGGCCACGAAAGACGCGUCGACCCCGGCUAGCGCUUCGGGCGCGGCGGCCUUGGAGAGCAGCACGGACACAGACGAGGACGACUCACCUCAGCACAGCUGCUCUCUCACCGCCACUACAACAAGCAACCCCGGCAAGCGAUGGGGCAGGAGGCGGCAGUCUUACACCGAGCAGAAACGGAAAAAACAACAGCAACAGCAACACGACAAGCACAAGUGCAUGGAGGGAGACAUCGAGCUGUUUCGCGGAAUGAAGAAAAUGUGCUUAAAGAGGAGGUCGAUGAAAAAACGCAGCCCACAGGUGAGGCGGUGCCGUGAAGCCUGCACCUGCCCGGUCCACAACAUCCAGCCCAGCGGGGCGUUCUGGAUCGAGUGCUCGGGACGCGAGGGCACUUCGCCCGAGGAGACGUGUGACCGCGACGCGGACCCAAACUCGGUCCCUGACGCGAAGACAGCGUUUGCCUUAGAGCCGACGGAAGAAGAGCAGUAUAGAGAACACCUGUACGGGAAACAGCACUGGAUUUACUACGCGUCUGAUGCGGAUAUCGGACCGGUUGUACUCGCUCUCCGACCGGAGCAGGGACAUGAGAGAGAAACCAUUCGAGUGCAGGUCCGUACGAGUGCCCAGGCGCUGGUCGGGCUGGUGCCGUUCUCGGCCCUGUGUGCGGACAGGUACGACGCGGACCGCCUCGCCGCGGCCCUGGGGGAGGAGAUGGGGGUGACCGGGCUGCACAGCGUCAACCAUCCGCUGGCGCCGGAGCAGCUCGUCAGGCUGGACGAUGAGUUGGAGAAGACAGACUUCAAAGUGGGCGUUCUGUACGUGAAGGAAGGACAGACCACCGAGGAGGAAAUCUUCGCCAACACCUGCAGUAGCGAACUGUUUGACGAGUUCCUGGGAAACCUCGGAGAACGGGUCAACCUGAAAGGCUUCGAUGGUUACUGUGGCGGACUGGACAGGUCGGGUGAUCUGACCGGUGAGACGUCUGUGUACACGGAGUGGCGAGGUCUCCGUCUGAUGUUCCACGUCUGCACACUCCUGCCGCACGACCCUGCCGACAGUCAACAGGUCCAGAGGAAGAGGCAUAUCGGGAAUGACCUGGUGUGUGUGGUGUUUCUGGCGGCCACGCGAACCAGUUUCAACCCGUCCGUCAUCCAGUCUCACUUCCUCCACACCUACAUCGUGGUGCAGGCAGACCCUGAACAGCGGCCGCCGCAGUAUAAAGUGUCAGUGGUGUCCCGGAAUGAAGUGUCACCGUACGGACCUCCCCUGACUGAAAGGCACAUCUUUAGUAGCGACUCCACAUUCAGAGAGUGGCUAUUGACAAAGAUCGUGAACGGCGAGAGGGCGUGUUACUCCAGUCCCAAACUGGCCUCUAUGCGGGAACGCACCAGACGACACCUGCUGGAGGAGCUGGUCAGGGACUUCUCGGAACAGAACGAGAUCAUGAAGCAAGGGAACCCUCUCUUCGGAAAUCGCAAAUCCACGCUGCUGCCGGACAGUGUACAGCAGGACGUGCGGAAGGUGGACGAGCUCAGCACCGACUUCGCCACGGCCUUCUCCGCCAACAUGGCCGGCGUGUGUGACGUCACGUUCAUAGUCGGUCAGGAGCGAGCCCGCGUCCACGGAGUUCGAGCUAUCCUGGUUCUCAGAAACAGAGUGUUCAGGGACAUGCUGUUUGUGCGGACUGACAAGAAGGAGAAGGCCGGCAGCUCGUCGUCCUCGCCCCGCUCGCCCACGGCCCGGCGGCCCAGCCUCAGCGCCCCGGCCAGCCCCGUCUCCAAGUCUAAGAACCCCCUGCACCGUGUCCUCAACCUCACCAAGAGCGGCGAGCAGCUGCGAACAUCACACGACGGAUCAUCAAAGAAGCUAGAUAGGAAAUCGCCCACUAACUUCAGUUGGCCCAGAACGCCCCAGUUGCCGAAGACCGUGAAGGCCCUAGCGGAUCUCGGGCGCGCUGCAUCCACCUCCACCAUCCCCAGCAAGCCGGCGGUGCCCCCGUCAGACGAGUACCGUAUCCCUGACUUCGACCCGGCCGUGUUCUCCACCCUGCUCUGCUACCUGCACACCGGGACAUGCACGAUCAGUCCGGACGUUUUACCAGGGCUGGCUGCUGCAGCUGACAGGUUCGAGGUGAAAGACUUGAAGAAGGCCUGUCUCCGGUAUACCUCCAAAUACCUGACUACUGAAAACGUGUGGCCCAUGUUCCACAACGUCCAGAGGUACAUGACCCACAAGACCACGCGUCACGUGUUUGAGGAGGCGCUGCACCAAGUGGUGGACAAAAACCUGCCUCAGAUCCUGCGCAGGCCCGAGUUUGUCAGCCUGCCGGACGACGUCAAGUUUACUAUCGUGGAACGGAUUGGCCAAAGCUAUUCCAAGCAGUCCAGGGAUACCGUGGCGUGUGAAGGACAGGUUAGCAGCGCCACCAUGCGGCUGGAUGACUUGUAACGGCUGUUGUAGCGUGUUCUGCAGUUAGACACACACGCGUGUUGUCAGGAUAAAAGGAUAGAGAUCCUAGAUUUAUAAAGUAACUACAGAUGUAUUGGGCUAAGAUAGUCCCAUUCAACGUAUGCGUAGAAAGGACCUACAAGGGUCAAAAUAGAAGUUAUGUAUAAAUGUACAGGUGAUGUAACUGAGACUGACAUUCUAAACGUUGGUAACGAAGUAUGUGGGAGUUACUGUUCAAUUUACUCUAGAUGUUGGAUGUGCAAUAUGAACACUCUGUUUCUUUUCUUACGUGUUGUUGUCGGGCAAUUGAAUAAUUAUGAAGGACGGCAAGUUGUGUUUUGAGUUGUGAAUUUCAAGUCAAUUCAUAUUUUGAUCUCAAGUAACAUGAAUCAAAGUUGAAACGUUCUAAAGGACUGUCUUCUAAGCGAAUAUCUUACAGACUACAAUCAGGAUCCCUGCCGGUAGAAUGGGCGAUUCUUCCGAUCAGAGAUCCCAAUCAGAGUUAUUAAUUUCUGUUGACAGAGAUUCCGAACGGGAUCUCUAUCGUUAGAAUCGCCCAUUAUACAUGUACCAGAUCGGUCUCUCUACAUUCUACCGGAUUAAUGUAUUUUAUAUACAUCCCUGACUUCACUGACUUGCUGAGAAAGUACGCUUGUCUACUUGACUUUUUAUUGUUCUUGUCAGUAUUCUUUGCAGCAGUGGAAAGGUCUAUGACCGGACGACAGAACAUUCGCAGUAUUCUUCUGUAUUCAAGUUCACGUCUAUAUUCGACGUUACAGAUCAGUUUUUAUGUUUCUGGUACAAUGUUGUAUCUGCCUAUAUCACGAUUUUAGGACAUUUCUGGAAGUGGAAUCAAUUCUGUUGCUAAUAAAAUAUUAUUUGGAGCUCC